CCCAUAAUAUUCUGUUCAUUGGCUUGUCGGCUUGUGUCGUUCGCUUGCAUUGCGCCUUCGCUUCAUUGGGAGGUGCGCACCAGUGGACAACAAUCACAGGUGUUGACCCUCACCUUAUGGGUUCCCCCCCAGUUCCCGUCUGCUGGCACGCAUCUCGCCUCAGCUGAAGCGGAAGGCUUGAUGACCGAAAAUGGCAGCCACGGAUGCAGUAGUGUGCGUCAGAGACGACUCGUCUUCGUCGAGCGAAGUAGAGGUCCUGCGUGCCAACCUGCGUGAUGAACGUGCGGCUUGCGUGUGGGUGGAGCAGUAUGGCUUGCGCACCAACACAUCGUGGAUUGUAGAUUCUGUCAAGUCGACAAAGCGAUGUCAAAGGAUGGUGCUCCAUAAGACGUGGUGCUGCAAGCAACACAGGCGCAACAAGUCACCCGCGAAGCCUAGGGUGGACUGUCCGGCCAAGAUCGACAUAAAGAUUAAAACAAUAAACCGCCACACGAGGAGGACGGACCCAUUGUUCCUUCGACGAGACAUUCCGCUGCCUGCAGUGAUCAAGCUGCGCCAUCACAAGGAGCAUUCGCACAGCACAGAGUCUGCGGAUGCACUUCGUCGUCUCACUCCCUUGUCGGAGACGAAGAGGACGUUCUUCGGCUAUUUCAACGACGGAAUGUCUCCAGCCAAAGCCAUCAAGCUGCACGAAAGCAAGCUUCUUGCGCACAAGGAAGGCCUUGCCCUGCUUGCCAACGCCGCCGUGAACCCCUUGCCUUCGGCCGUGUACUAUUGGCAGAAACUUUGGCGUGAGGGAUACUGUGGCAGGGACGUGGAACCACUCGAGAAGCCUGCGGAGAGGGUGCCCGUGGACGUGCAACCAGGUUGA